AUGGGAGGCGUUCGUGAAAAGAAAGUUGAAUACUUUGCUAAAUUAAGAGAAUACUUGGAAGAAUACAAGUCUUUGUUCGUUGUUGGUGUCGACAAUGUUUCUUCCCAACAAAUGCACGAAGUCAGAAAAGAAUUGAGAGGCAGAGCUGUCGUCUUGAUGGGUAAGAACACUAUGGUCAGAAGAGCUAUCAGAGGUUUCUUAUCUGACUUGCCAGACUUCGAGAAAUUGUUGCCUUUUGUUAAAGGUAAUGUUGGUUUCGUUUUUACUAACGAACCAUUAUCUGAAAUCAAGGAAGUCAUUGUUUCCAACAGAGUUGCUGCCCCAGCUAGAGCUGGUGCCAUUGCCCCAGAAGACAUUUGGGUCACAGCCGUUAACACUGGUAUGGAACCAGGUAAGACUUCUUUCUUCCAAGCUUUGGGUGUCCCAACUAAGAUUGCUAGAGGUACCAUUGAAAUUGUUUCCGAUGUUAAGGUCGUUGAUGCCGGUAACAAAGUUGGUCAAUCUGAAGCUGCUUUGUUAAACUUGUUGAACAUCUCUCCAUUCUCUUUCGGUUUGACUGUUGUUCAAGUUUACGACAAUGGUCAAGUCUUCCCAUCCUCCAUCUUGGAUAUCACUGAUGAAGAAUUGGUAUCUCACUUCGUGUCUGCCGUCAGCACCAUCGCUUCCAUCUCUUUGGCUAUUGGUUACCCAACCUUGCCAUCUGUAGGUCACACUUUGAUCAACAACUACAAGGACUUGUUAGCUGUUGCCAUUGCUGCUUCUUACCACUACCCAGAAAUUGAAGAAUUGGUUGACAGAAUCGAAAACCCAGAAAAAUACGCUUCUGCUGCUCCAGCUGCUGCUUCCGCUGCCUCCGGUGACGCUGCUCCAGCUGAAGAAGCUGCUGCUGAAGAAGAAGAAGAAUCCGAUGACGACAUGGGUUUCGGUUUAUUCGAUUAA